UUACCAGUUAUUAUUUAGUUUUCAGUGGAGUUUUUUAAUUAAGUUAAAAAUAUAAAAAAUGUGAAAAAAAUUGUUUUAUACCUAUGUUUAGUAAACUCUAAUUAAUUAUUUUGCAAAAUGUUUGAUAAAUACAUUUGUAAUUAUCAUUCAGAAGAAGUUUUAGAUAUUUUGAAGCAAGUUGAUAAAAAACAACACUAUUCACUUACAAUUAAUUUUUUAACACUUUUUGAAAAAAAUCCAAAGUUAGGUGAAGAAAUUUUGUCUGAUUCAAUUUCUGUGUUGGAACGGUGUGAUAAAGAAUUAAUAAAAGCUCAAAAAACAAUAAGAAAAAAUUUUAAUGACGAAAAUAUUAAAUUGCGUGUAAAAAAAAAAGUUCAUACAAGGAUAACUGCUUUACCGUUAUGUCCUGAAUUGCAUCGUACAAUAUUUCCUAGGAAUGAAGAUAUUGGUUCCUUUUUGCGAGUUAAUGGGACUGUUAUUAGGACAGUUCUACCUAAACUAUUAGAGUAUAAAAAAAUUUAUUAUUGUACAAAAUGCAAAGAACGUUUUGAUGCAAAGAUUGAUUAUGAACAAUUCAACAAACUUGUUGUGCCAGACCGCUGUCCAAAUCCAGAAGGCUGUCCUGGGACAAGUUUAAAACCUGUGAAAGAUGAAGAAGAAUUCAUUAAAGAUUAUCAAGAAAUAAAAAUUCAAGAACAAAUAGGAAAAGUUGGCUUAGGUGCUAUGCCACGCUCUAUGUGGGUAUCUUUAGAAGAUGAUUUAGUUGAUAAGUGCAAACCUGGUGAUGAUGUCAUUAUAUGUGGAACUGUUAUUAGAAGAUGGCACCAAUUAAUUUCUAACUCUUACAUUGAUAUUGAAAUAUGUUUAAGAGCAAAUCAUCUAAUUGUAUGUAAUGAUCAACAGUCUGCAAUUAUGAUAACUGAUGAAUGGCAUAAAGAGUUUGAAAAUUACUGGGAGGAUAAUAAAAGUGACCCUUUUACAGCCAGAGAUCAUAUUAUUGCUUCCAUUAGUCCUCAGACAUAUGGCUUAUACACUGCAAAAUUAGCUGUUGCAUUAGGUUUAGCAGGUGGUGUGCGAAGACCAGAAAGUGGAGGAAUCCGAAUUAGAGGAGAAAUUCACAUACUGCUAGUUGGAGAUCCUGGUACUGGAAAAUCACAGUUAUUGAAAUAUGCUUGGAAAAUUUGUCCUCGAUCUAUAUUUACAACUGGAGUUGGUUCAUCAAAAGCUGGAUUAACUGUUUCAGCAUUUAAAGAAGGAUCAGAAUGGCACUUAGAAGCAGGAGCAUUGGUUUUGGCUGAUGGAGGGAUUUGCUGUGUUGAUGAAUUUGGUUCUCUUAAAGAAGAAGAUCGCACAGCGAUUCAUGAAGCAAUGGAGCAACAGUCAAUUAGUGUUGCUAAAGCAGGUUUAGUAUGUAAACUUGACACUCGGUGUACUGUGAUGGCUGCAAUGAAUCCAAAAACUAGAUAUAAUUUAAAUUUGUCUUUAGUGGAAAAUAUUAAAGUAGCUAGCCCUUUAUUAAGUCGUUUUGAUUUAAUUCUCAUUCUAAUUGACACCAAUAAUGAAGACUGGGAAAAAAUUGUUUCAUCCUAUGUUCUACAAGGGAAAAAACCUGAAUGUUCAGAUAAUUCUGCCACUUCUUUAUGGAAUUUGGAAAAACUUCAACAUUAUUUUUGUACUAUUAGAAAUUCAAAACCAGAAACUACCGAAGAGGCAAAUAUUGUUUUAAGCAAAUAUUAUUGGAUGCAACGUCAAAGUUGUCAAAGAAGUGCUGCUCGGACAACAGUUCGGUUUUUAGAAAGUCUUUUAAGACUUUCCCAAGCUCAUGCUAAACUUAUGUUCAGAAAACAAGUCCUUGUUCAAGAUGCAAUAGUUGCAGUAUCAUUGAUGGAAUGUUCAAAUGAUGAAGGAUCAAAUAAUAUUAAUACAUUGUAUACUAAUUUUCCAAUGAAUCCUAAAGAUGAUUAUCUAAAAACAAUGGAAGAAAUAUUAACAAAACUAGGGCUGGAAGACAUUUUGAAAAAAGAAAUGGAUUGGUGGUUUCAAAAUUCAGUACCUAAAGAUUCAAAAAUAUGUGAUAAUAUUAAUAAUAAAUCUGAAGAAAGCUCAGACUUAUCAAAAAAAAUAACAAAUAAAAUUACAGAAACAAUACAAAAUAUAAGAAUAAAAAAACAGUCAGACUUUUAUUUAACUCAAACACAAAAUGCUGUUAAAAAGCAAAAUAUUGUUUCAUCAAAAAUAUUUUCACCAAAAAAAAUUAAUGCUGAAAAUGAAGAUUCUAAUGAUGAAGACAUAUUUGUCAAAAACUCUAAAAAUAAAACAUCAAAUUUAAAAUUAUCAACAAACAAUGUGAUAAGUAACAGUACUAAUAAUAAUGUAAGUUUGCAGACAUCCAAUGAUUUUUUGUGCAAUGUUAAUAUUAAUAUAGAUCGAUCAUUAGCUUUUAAAACACCUAAAUGUUCUAAAAUUGUACCAGCAGAUAUUUUUAAUAAAAAAUCAGAUCCCAAUGAAGUGAUUGUUACUGGAAAUAUCACAAGUAAAACAAUACCUCAAUCUACAUUUAAUUCAGUAGAAACAGCCAAAUUAAAAUUGAGUAAAUUUAAAUUUAGUAAAAAUUCAAAAAGUCCAAACGUUGAUAAUAAAUAUGAUACAAAUUCAUUAAAUUUAAAUAAUUCAAAUAAAAAAGAUAAUGCAGUUCCACAACCACAAAAAUAUUCAAAAAUAAUACCAACCAAUUUGGCUCAAAUUUUUUCUGCAGAAGAUGAUGAUGAUUUGUCAUAUUUAGACUUGGAAUAACUAUAAUAAAGAUCACUCGUAUUAAUAAGCCUAUUAAAAUUCUUAUUGAAGUUUAUUGUAAAUUUUACAGAUUAAUUUUGUUUUAGCUGAUAUGUUUAAUUAUAAUUAUAUUAAUUUUC